AGCUGCAGCUAAAAAUAGGGAAUGAUAAGGCAGAGAAAGAGAGAUGCAGUUUGAAUAGAACCUGAAGAACAGAAAGAAUCAGAAGACAGAAAUGCAUUCACUGCGGUUCAUAAGUGCUGAGGCCUUGGUGACCAACACGCAGGUUGUCAGAGAGAAUCUGGGCAGCCUUGCACACAACCUUUUCCCUCUCCUUUUUAAAGCGAGUUACUUACAGGAGCAAGGCGAAGUGAUUCACAACCUGGUGGAAAACUGGCCGCUGCCAGAACUCAACAUUGGAAGACUGUUGGGGAAAACAACAGAUCACCAGGAAGACAUCAGCAACAGAGCUUGCUCGGUGUGUCUGGCCAGCUGCCUGACCGGCCUGAGAGACUAUGUAUUGAAUUUUUCAUCUCCGUAUGCAAAGAGACUCAAAAGAGUAGACUUGACAGGCAUAAAAGAUGUUGAAGUUCAGCUCUGCAGGUGUAGGAAGACUAUAGGACGGUGGGCCAGGACAGAGUUCCUCUCAAAAAUCUGCUACGAUCUGCUUGUUGACAUGCACAGGCUGCAGCUCAGUCCAGAUGUCUUUGAGAUUUCUAUUGAUGUCUUCAUGGACAUCUUUGUUACGGAGCAAAACUAUGAGCUGGUGGUCCAGGCCUUGCUAAUGAGGUGCCAUUGCCCACUGAAAAUCCGUUGUGCGGCUUUUAGAGUGGACAACCUUGCCCUCAAGAAGCUCUUCUACCUCACAAAGCUCACAGAGCCCUCUUCGCUGGGCAAAUUCGAAGUCAUCCACAAUGUUCGGAUGGAAAUGGAACAUUUGCUGGUGUUGUUGAAUAAUGUCCAGUUUCCUCAGCUGACUUCUCUCACACUCCCAGCAAGGACAUUUGACGUGAGAAGGUUCACACCAGAAGAUGAUGCCACUCUAGCAAGGGUCGGGGUCAAGCUGAGCCAGAUGACUCGGCUGACUGAACUGAGCCUGGCAUUUUCCAUCCUCACAGGAAGGAUCCGUAAACUGCUCAGCAAGGAAAAACUACAUCAAAUCUCAGAAAGACCAACUGUGUCAUUCUUCUGCCCACUGAAAACCCCACUGAAAAUGCUGGAUGUUUCUAACUGCUCCUUAAACCAUGUAGACAUGGCCUAUUUAGCCAAUAGCCUCCAUUCCAAUCACCUGGAAGUUCUUGAUAUGAGUGGGCAUGAUGUGGCUGACCUGUACCCAUCUACUUUCUUCAAGCUUCUGAACCAUUCAUCCCACACACUGAAGAGUCUCACCCUUGAGGAAUGCAACAUCCAGGACACGCACUUGAACAUGUUGAUUUUGGGGUUGGUCCCCUGCUGGAAACUAGAGGAAUUCAAGUUCCUUGGAAAUCCUCUCUCUUCUCGUGCCUUGAAAUGCCUUUUCAAUGUUUUCACUGAUUUCCCUAGACUGAAAUACAUCGAAUACCCAGUUCCAAAAGACUGUUACGCAAAUGACAUUGGUUACCCGAUCGAUGAAGCGGAUCUUUCCAAAUUUGAUCACCAGAAAUAUGACAGCAUAGCAGAAGACCUUAACAUGAUUUUACUGCAAGCCAAGCGGGAUGACAUUAAAGCCACUACACCUCUCUUUGGAGCUUAUGAUGCAGCAUUAUAUGAAACGGGCAACGAACUGGGGAAAUCCUUGCUGCAGUCUUUCAGGGAAACUCUUCAAAACUUCAGCAUGGCUCUUCAGCAAAUGAGCUGAAAUCUGAAGUUGAACCGGAAGAGCUUUUCAAAUUCAUUCAUCAAACUCAAGCAUCAAUUUAUUGGAAUUGUUUAGACAGCACACUGAAGGCUUAUUCUGUUUCUGGAUUAUAUAUCACCGGAACCUGGUAGUUUAUUCUCUCAGUUUUCACCUUCUUUGGUCACCAUGUACGGCUGUCUACCCAGCUUGGCCUCUGCUGACGUUGUUUACUUUGUCCAGCGUAUAAAAUGAUCUUCAGCCUUAUCAAUAUAAAGACUGUCUAGUUAGUCACUUCCACUGACAAUGGAGUUGGGAGAGUUCUGAGUUUACAGUGGAGUUGUGUAUUUGCAAAAUGAAGAAUCCAGUAUUCAUUGCUUUUCCUGCUCACAGUAAACAUAGGGUUUACACUA